AUGAGAAACGCUAUUAAGUUGAGUGAACUAGCUAAAAGAAAGAGGGAAGAAGUCGAAGAGGACUCUGACGUUGAUCUUUCCACCACCAAUUCUGAACUGGAUGACGAUAAUGCGUCAAGUAAUGAGGAAAUAAUUAACAUCGAUUUUGAUUUCUUCAAUGGGAAUCCUGAAGUUGAUUUCCAUGCUCUUAAAAACUUGAUGAGACAACUAUUCGGACAGCAAGAAUCUAAUAAAAUCCAGCUGAGCUCGUUGGCCGAUUUGAUAUUGAAGUCCCCUACAACUACCAUCAAGACUGAUGGGGAAGCAUCCGAUCCAUACUGUUUCCUGUCUAUUUUAAAUUACAAAGAAAAUAAAUCCAGUAACUAUGCUAGGUAUUUGGCCAACGUGGAUACUAAAUUAGACACAUUUUUUAAGUCCGUUGAGAGCUCAAACAAAUCGUGUGGGUUGAUUGUGGGUGAACGUUUAAUAAAUAUGCCUAACCAGGUCGUCCCACCGUUAUACAAGAUUACUCUGGAGGACGUUAAAAAGGUUUCAGGGAAAGGCAUGGCUUAUGAUUUCUACGUCAUUGUUAGUAGAAAGUAUGAGGUUAGCUACGAUGAUGACGACGACGAUGAUGACGACGAUACUAACCCCCGGAAGAGAGUGAAAAAUUCCGAGGUAGACUAUUUCCACGAAGAGGAUAGGUUCCUGGAAAAGCAUUCGAAAAUACACUUCCAAGGCCCUGUCAGAAAAGGUGUGCUUCCCUCGUAUAUUGUAAUAGACCACGAUAGUCUAAUGCGCUCUAUACAAGAGCUUGAAGAGGCAAUUGCUCAAUGGUCAAAAUAA